GGGCUCCAGGGACCUCCUGUCACCAUGCUCUGUUGAAAGGCCCCACGUCCAACUGCGGUCAGGGGAUGACCAGCUGUAGUCCCUGUAAGGACUGGAGGCUUCCACUCUGAAGACCUGCCUGCCUGCCAGUCCAUCUGUCCAUCUGCCGUCCAUCCAUCCAUCUACCCACCCACCCUCGCAUCCAUCCAGUCCUUGUUCAGGGCCUGCUGAGUGCUAGCACUGUGCCGAGUGUGGGGCUGCAGUAGAGGAAAAAGACAAGUCUGGUCCUUGCUGUCUUUUGGCUCACAGUCUAGUAGUGAAGUUAAGACUUCUUCAGACAGGUUAUGUCACCGACAGAGGCUGCCCUGAAGCUCCCUGUGGCCUGGAGACUAUGUACAAGAGGAAUGGUCUGAUGGCUAGCGUGCUGGUCACCUCUGCCACUCCACAGGGCAGCAGCAGCUCAGACUCUCUGGAGGGCCAGGGCUGCGACUAUGCCAGCAAGAGCUACGAUGCCGUUGUCUUCGAUGUCUUGAAAGUGACUCCCGAGGAGUUUGCUAGCCAGAUCACAUUAAUGGACAUACCCGUGUUUAAAGCCAUCCAGCCAGAGGAACUAGCCAGCUGUGGAUGGAGUAAGAAGGAGAAACAUAGUCUCGCUCCCAACGUCGUGGCCUUUACCCGGAGGUUUAACCAGGUCAGUUUUUGGGUUGUACGAGAAAUUCUAACAGCACAGACUUUAAAAAUAAGAGCAGAAAUCCUGAGCCAUUUUGUGAAAAUAGCCAAGAAACUUCUAGAACUCAACAACCUUCAUUCUCUCAUGUCUGUGGUGUCAGCAUUACAAAGUGCACCCAUCUUCAGGCUGACAAAAACCUGGGCUCUGUUGAAUCGAAAAGACAAGACCACCUUUGAGAAAUUGGACUACCUGAUGUCUAAAGAAGAUAAUUACAAGCGGACUCGGGAAUAUAUCCGAAGCCUGAAGAUGGUUCCCAGUAUUCCCUAUCUAGGCAUCUAUCUUCUGGAUUUAAUCUACAUUGAUUCUGCAUAUCCUGCCUCAGGCAGCAUCAUGGAAAACGAACAAAGAUCCAAUCAGAUGAACAAUAUUCUCCGAAUAAUUGCGGACUUACAAGUUUCCUGCAGCUACGACCACCUCACAACCCUGCCCCACGUGCAGAAGUACCUGAAGUCCGUGCGCUACAUUGAAGAGCUCCAGAAGUUUGUGGAAGACGACAACUACAAACUGUCGCUCAGAAUUGAGCCAGGAAGCAGCUCCCCGAGACUAGUCUCUUCCAAGGAAGAUCUUGCAGCCCCCGCCGGCGGCUCCAGUUCUGCGAGGUUCAGCCGGCGGCCCACCUGUCCUGACGCAUCUGUGGCUGGCAGCCUCCCCACGCCCCCAGUUCCGAGACACAGGAAGAGCCACAGCCUGGGCAACAAUAUGAUGUGUCAGUUGAGUGUAGUUGAGAGUAAAAGUGCGACAUUCCCAUCGGAGAAAGCGAGGCACCUGCUGGACGACAGCGUCCUGGAGUCGCGCAGCCCCCGCAGGGGCCUCGCCCUCGCCUCCUCCUCUGCCGUCACCAAUGGACUCGCCCUCGGCAGUAGUGAGAGCUCAGAGUUUAGUGAAGAGAUGUCUUCAGGGCUGGCAAGCAGGGGACGUCUCUAUGCCACGCUGGGGCCCAACUGGCGGGUUCCAGUUCGGAAUUCUCCCAGAACCCGGAGCUGCGUCUACAGCCCCACCGGCCCGUGCAUCUGUACGCUGGGGAGCUCGGCAGCGGUCCCCACCAUGGAGGGGCCUCUGAGAAGGAAAACUCUGCUCAAGGAAGGACGGAAGCCCGCGCUGUCCUCGUGGACCAGGUACUGGGUCAUCCUCUCAGGAUCCACCCUCCUGUACUACGGAGCCAAGUCCUUGAGGGGCACAGACAGAAAACACUAUAAAUCCACACCUGGCAAAAAGGUCUCCAUCGUGGGCUGGAUGGUGCAGCUGCCCGAUGACCCCGAGCACCCGGACAUCUUCCAGCUGAAUAACCCCGACAAAGGCAAUGUUUACAAGUUCCAGACUGGUUCCCGGUUUCAUGCAAUACUGUGGCACAAGCAUUUGGAUGACGCAUGUAAAAGCAACAGGCCUCAGGACCAGGCUUCAGGAGAAAUGCUUUACGUGCAGGAAUUGGCCGAAUCCUCCCAACAUCCCUGUGAGGUACCUGCAAACCUUAUGUCAUUUGAAUAAGUCUCUGCAGGACUUAGCGUGACUUCAGAGGCCUCUGGGAGCCGGCCUGGGACUGGUGGCGAAGCGCGUGUCCGGGGCACAGGCCUUUGGUGGGGUGCUGGGAGACUCAGAGCUGGACUCAAGGGGACACGGCCGAGGCCUCACAGUCCAGAGGGCUCCACCGGUGCGGGGGUCCGCCUGCCGAUGCCCAGCCACCCCCAUGACCCCCAUUCUGCAGCACCGCCUCACGGGGCCGCGAUGGGUCCCCAGACUGUACAACCCGUCCUCCCUCCCUGGGCUCUCAUCCGUCCACCAGCUGCUGCUGCGACCAGAGAGCAUCCGUCCCACGUUGGGUCCCCAGUGCUUUCUCCUGCACAAAAGAGUGGACAGCGUCCCCCCGCGUGAGGGCUGGAGGGAAGGGACAGGCGGGGACUGGCUCCAGUGUACCGGGUCGCUCACCCACAGGGCUGCCUCAGAUUUUGUACAACCCCGAAGCGUCCUCUGCGUGUGCGUGCCGUGUCUGUGUGCGUGCAAGCGAGCGAGCGUGGACUCUCCGAGAAACAUGCAUUUUGGCACAAGACUCGUGACAUCACACACUUCAUUCUCUUCGAGGCCCUGCUUUAACCUUAAGCGAUAGGCUGGUCCACCGAGGAAGGUCAGAGUGAGAGCCCGGAUUCCUUCUGUGUUAAGGGUCCCUCGCAUUCUUUUACUGUAAACAAACAAUGCCUUAAA